GAAUUAUUAUUCACUAGUGCUCCUUAUAAUUAAUCGAAGUAACAGUGAAAUUCAAUUCUUUAUUUUAUUCCCGUAUCCCAAAACAAAUUAUCAAAAAGAAAAAAAUUCCGAAAACAAAAAUCUUUGCAGGUAAGGAAACCCAUUUUGCAUCACAGCAUUGCUCACAUCCAGAGAUCUUCCAUCUUCCUCAGAUUCAGGCUUCAUCGAUGUGGGGGAGACAAUAAACUUCGUGUCAGAAUCAAACUCAUUCUACUAUGGCUAUUUGCAGUUAUCAACGCUUUCAUUUUUAGGUUAAGGUUGCCCCUUCAGCUCUGAAAGCACCUUCUGAGCAAGACACUAUCAAACAUGGUGUAUGGCGUUGCUCCAUUUGUACUUAUGAUAAUGAGGAAACCAUGUCAUCAUGCGAUAUUUGUGGGGUUCUUCGCGGUCCCUUGGUCAACAACGGCACCUAUGAUGAGAAGAGAACAGUUGAUGACGUAAACAAAGAUUCUGGAGUAUCUAUUAUGGCCAAGUCUCUUUUUGCAUCACUGCCGCAUCAGAUGUCUAAAAAAGUUGUAGAUUCUCGACAAGAGAAUGAUGAUUUUAUGGUGAAAGAGGGCUAUAACUUCCAUCUGCUUGGGAAUAACCAAGGACAAUUUCAUGAAUUCCAUAAAGCUUAUAGUUCUCCUACCCAUUCCCGUAUUAAUAUAGCCCCUUUUAAGUUUGAUGUUCCAUCUCCUGAUGACGUGGUUUCUAAUGGAUUGCAUUCCUCAAAACUGCAUUCAAAAGCCAACAAUUUUGACUUAAAAUCUUCCAGAAUUCCCUCAAGAGUGGUUGGGAAGAAUGAGGCAGUUAAACUGCAAUCAAGUACUGAAGGGUCAGAUGGCUCAUAUGACUCAACAGCAAAAGACAAGCACAAUAGAGUGGAUGAGGUCAUCUUUUUGAAGAAUUUAGAAGUCAGGGCACCAUCAAGUUCCAAAACUGCAGAUAACUCUUCUUCAUCAAUGCCAAAAGGCAGGCUUGAUAAUGUGGAUGAAAGCAGUGAUGCAGUUAAUAUGCGAUCUAGAGGUCAAAGCUCAUCAUCAUUGAUGCCAAAAGAAAAAAGUGAUAAGGUGGGUGAUAGCAGCUCUUCAAGGCAUGGAGGUGAGGCACAUACUCUUAAUCUGAAAAACAUGUCUUUGGCUGCUAAAUCUGGGCACUCAAAUGAUAUAAGCCUUGGAAGAGCAAAUUCACGAGCACAGUAUAAACCUGAAAAGUGGAUGCUGCCUGAAAAAGCAGAAGAUUCACUGACUCAACUAAAUCUUGCAAUUGUUGGGCAUGUUGAUUCUGGAAAAUCAACGCUGUCUGGUAGACUGCUUCACCUUUUGGGACGAAUAUCGCAAAAAGAAAUGCACAAAUAUGAAAAGGAGUCCAAAUUGCAGGGAAAAGGAUCCUUUGCUUAUGCUUGGGCAUUGGAUGAGAGUGCCGAAGAAAGGGAAAGGGGAAUCACUAUGAAUGUGGCGGUGGCUUAUUUUGAUUCUAAAAGAUAUCAUGUCGUCAUACUUGACUCCCCAGGGCACAAAGAUUUUGUUCCAAAUAUGAUAACUGGGGCAACACAAGCUGAUGCUGCGAUUCUUGUCAUAGAUGCCUCUAUUGGUUCAUUUGAAGCUGGUAUGGAUGGCACAAAGGGACAGACAAGGGAGCACGCACAACUUAUCAGAAGUUUUGGUGUUGAUCAAAUUAUAGUUGUAGUUAACAAGAUGGAUGCUGUAGACUAUUCUAAGGAUCGAUUUGAUUUGAUAAAAUCACAGCUAGGGCCAUUUCUUCGCUCUUGUGGCUUUAAGGAUUCCUCCGUCUCAUGGAUUCCACUGAGUGCUGUUGAAAAUCAGAAUUUAGUGGUUGCACCUUCUGAUGUUCGUCUAUCUUGGUAUCAUGGACCUUAUCUAUUAGAUGCAAUUGAUUCCUUCCAACCUCCAACUAGAGAUUUUUCAAAGCCUUUACUUAUGCCUAUAUGCGAUGUUAUAAAAUCAUCUUCACAGGGGCAGGUGUCUGCCUGUGGCAAGUUGGAGGCUGGAGCUGUUCGAAGUGGAAUAAAGGUUUUAGUUAUGCCAUCUGCAGAUAUAGCAACUGUGCGUUCGUUAGAGCGUAAUUCCCAAGCUUGUUCAAUUGCAAGAGCUGGAGACAAUGUAGCUGUCAGCCUGCAUGGAAUAGAUGGAAAUCAUGUGAUGGCUGGUGGUGUGUUAUGUCAUCCUGAUUUUCCAGUUGCAUUUGCAAAACAUUUGGAGUUGAAGGUGCUUGUUUUGGAUGGUGCAACCCCAAUUUUAAUCGGUUCUCAGUUGGAGUUUCAUGUACACCAUGCAAAGGAAGCUGCAAGAGUUGCAAGGAUAUCAUCAUUGCUUGAUUCAAAGACAGGGAAAGUCACAAAGAAGGCACCCCGCUGCAUUGUUGCUAAGCAGAGUGCAGUUGUUGAGGUGGUUUUGCAUGAACCAGUUUGCAUUGAAGAGUUUUCAAAAUGCAAAGCCCUUGGAAGGGUGUUUCUUAGAACAUUAGGAAGAACGGUUGCUGUGGGUAUCGUGACCCGAAUAGUUGGGGAGCAGUAAUAGUUUUCAUAGUGUGUUCAUACGCAUACCUGAGCAGCUUUCAACGAUUAGACUCCUGUCUUGGUGGAUGAAUCCCUUGGUAAGAGAGGAAUUUCUGUACUAAUUCAAGAUUCACGUGAACAAUAUGAAGGUGCUUUUAAAACGUCUAAAGGCAUUUCUUUUGUGCGGCCUAUCUAAAUGUCUAUUCCAUGUGUGUUGUAGAGACAGAUUUAAGCUGUAGUCUGUACCAUUUCUGGUAGUGGUUCUACAAUUAAAUCGAUUGAUUCUUUAUACAUAGGAUAAGGCUUAGAAAGGUCUAAUCCACUUAGAAAUAUGUAAAUCUUCUUGAAAUCAAACGAGUCAACGGCUGCGUAAUUUGUUGUAAGAAUGAUGGAUUUUUAAUUUAAAUUUUGAUAGCUUCAAGUAAAAAAAAUCAUCCUGAAAGCAGUUGCUAUAGGUAACCAGAUAUACCAACCUGAACUGUCUAGGACUUGGUUACAAAACAUGUCUAAACUCAAAAGAGAUUACAUCAGCUUUAAAAUGGAGUGUAAAAGCGGCUUCAGCUUGCGUUUUCCGUUCCAAGUCAAAACACAAUUUUCUUCGCUCAUAAAUCCAAAUCCAACUUAUUCAAAAUCAGACAGUCAUUGAAACUUGAACGUAAUUAUUAUUAUAAUUCAUGAUGGUAAAUUUCUUCGGUUUUGUAUUGGCAGUUUGGGAUGAAUCCCCCUCGAAGCAAACUUUACUACACUCGUAAAGAACUUUAAUGGGUUUGACUUUGAGAGAUAUAAAAUCAGGCAAAGUGCAAUUGUGUAAACCAAGGAUAGUCUAUAUGAGUACGGCACAUCCUUCACGUUUGCUUUUCAAAUU